AGUGCUUUUAUCGCGGCAUCCCGACGCAAAGACCGCAGCCUCGAUGCUAGGUUGGAAUCGGCCAAUCGUGCCUCCAUGUUACACAAGAAGCGUACCGGGAAGAGCCUGCACAUCACCAAAGAUAUUGUCGAGAAAGAGGCCAUGUACGAAGAGGUCGACGAGCGGUACCAAGAGAAACGCAUUCGUAUGCUACAGGCUCAGAACAUGCAAAUCGAAGAACAGCUUAAUCGCCAGCUUUUGACUGCAUUGGCUGCUCGCAACCACCGGGGCUCGACAUCACGGGCCACUAGCAUGGCACCGCGGGCCUCGAUUGAUGGGGUGCGCAAGAUGAGUUUGGACUUGUCGAGUGUGCGCUCGUCUUUUUCGGAGGGGAUGCAGACGGGGGCAUUGAACAGUCCUAUGAUUACGGAGAACAGGUACACGAUGUCACCAGAUUAUAAUACUAUCGCGUCUCCGCAGCACACUCAGCCUGAGUGGUAUAAUCAGGUGCCCGCGUAUGUUCAACAGAUGCAGUGGCCUCAACAAUGGACGGGAUUCCAGCCCCAGCAAGAGCAGCCGCACGUCAUGCAGGAUUAUGUCUCUCAGAUGCCAAUGAACGUUGCUGCGACACGGCCAUUCAGAGAUCGAUUUGCAUCUGCUCCAGAGAUUCCAUUGCACGGAAUGCCUACGAAUUCUUUCUCAUUGAUGUCCGCUCCAGCGCCAGUUCAGCAAGAGCAGCCACUGCAACAAUCACAACAUAGCCGCGUACAAUCCGAACCAAACAUGUCGAUGGCGAUGAUGAUGCACAACCUCCAGCAGCAGCAGGCACAAUCUCAGCAGCCAAUUUCCAAACCCGCAUCGCCCAAAACGCAACCCACACCAGACGCCUACUCGUCGCCCAGCACACCACCGCAGUCACCCAAGACGACCAGUGUCGGUGUGGGAACGAUGGGAGUACCGCAACCAGACGUGAAGACAAUAGGCAAAAAUGAUGAUGGGGUUUUAUUUGCACAAGAACUGGACCCAGACUUUGAUGAGUUCAGUCAGUUUGCAUUAGGACUGGGGAAUACCACGGAAAUAUCGGAGCGGGAGCCAUUCGGGUUUGAAGACUUUGUAACCAUGGAUGAUUUUACAGCUGCUGCAUGA